AUGUCACUGUCCAGCGGGGAGCGCCCUGCGGGUCCAGGGACCCGCCUGUCCUGGCUGCUAUGCUGCAGCGCCCUGCUGUCCCCGGCCGCCGGCUACGUGAUCGUGAGCUCCGUGUCCUGGGCUGUCACCAACGAGGUAGACGAGGAGCUGGACAGCGCGUCCACCGAGGAGGCAAUGCCCGCGCUGCUGGAGGACUCGGGCAGCAUCUGGCAGCAGAGCUUCCCGGCCUCGGCACACAAGGAGGACACGCACCUGCGGCCUCGGGGCUCGGCUCGCGCCAGGCCCGCACCGACCCCGCGUGGAAUGUUCUCCUACCGGCGGGAGAGCGGCUCAUCCGCAGCAUCCCCUGGCCCGAGGGUGAGUGCCGGCACCGCCCGCUCCCUGGUCCACGCCAGUUCCUGGGGCUGUCUGGCCACCACGUCCACCCAAGAAAAGAUCCAAGGACUGCCCUUUGGGAGCUGCCUGGCCAUUAGCGAUGGCCCCGUCCACAACAGCACGGGGACUCCCUUCUUCUACAUGACAGCCAAGGACCCAGUGGUGGCUGACCUGGUGAAGAACCCCACCGCCUCGCUGACGCUGCCGGAAUCUGAAGGAGACUUUUGCAGAAAAAACAUCGUCGACCCAGAAGACCCUCGAUGUGCCCGAUUAACACUCAUUGGCCGGAUGAUCACAGUACUGCCAGGAGAGUUAGAGUUUGCCAAGCAAGCCAUGUUUUCAAGGCAUCCAGGGAUGAGAAAGUGGCCCCGACAGUAUGAAUGGUUCUUCAUGAAGAUGUGGGUAGAACACAUCUGGCUUCAGAAGUGGUAUGGGGGUGUAGCCGACAUCCCAAGGGAGGAAUACUUCAAAGCAGCUCCAAGAAAGGCCUGACGGUAACACAAAAGUCCUAGGCUUUGCAUUAAAGCGAAGACCUUUGAAGUGAAGAAGCCAGACAGUCACCGACUGCUGUCUCUUUGUUGAAGGGUGCCUAGCCGCCCUGUCAUCCUGCAGCAGAAUCAGAGAGGAUGAACAGGGAACCUUGGGCUAGACUUCAGAUACACUGGAGUGGUCCUUUGUGGAUCCACCGUUCGUACGGGCACUUCACAUAGAAAGAUUUUUGUUUCUGCUGUACUCAAUCCAGACACACCCAUUUGGAAAUCAUGGUGGUCAAAAGGGAAGAGGUAGUUGCUGUUCCUUUCUUUCAAAAAAAAUUAAUGAUCGUAUGUACCACGUUA